UUAAAUCGUGAUUAUCACUUAGAAGUGAUAAAACUGAUAACGAGUAACGACAGUCGUUUUGAUUGAAUAAUGAAUAUUUCAAAAUUCAUAUUUGAAUCGGUCUGUCACUCCAAGCCUCCUUCACUGGUUAAUCCAUGAUAGGUAUAACAAAUUAUUGUUAUAUAUUACCCAUAUCAUAGUGUAACAUACAACACAGAUCAUGUCGAAUCGCAGAAAAUAGUACAAUCUGUUGAAGUUGGAAGUGGGUUUUUACUUCGUCAAUAUGACUACCAUGUACGGAAACGGUAUGAAACAAUUAGAAGAGCGGCAUGUGCCCACUAAGGUCUUGAAAAUGGAAUGGUCGAACAAAAUGGAUCUGUUAGCCAUAGCCAAGGAACAUGGCGAGGUGUCUUUGCAUCGUCUUACAUGGCAACGAGUCUGGUCCUUAGCCGCCCCAAAAGAUAAGACAUUGGUGACUGCAAUGGCUUGGAGACCCGAUGGAAAACAGCUGGCUGUUGCGUAUGAUUCAUGUGAUUUAUUGUUAGUGGAUGUGGAAAAUAAAGACAUCGCCUUCAGCAAAACUACUGAGAGUAAAGUUACUUCUUUGGUGUGGGUACAGCAAGAAAAACCUCAGAAGAAAGACACCAUAGAUUCUGUACUGAUUAAGAUGAAUGGUCUUGAUUAUCUCCCAAAACUCCAAAGCUUGGUCCUUCGCGAUACACCUGAAGAGGAGAACAAGAUACCAAAAGUUCAAGACACAUUGAAUUUAUUGUUAGUUGGCAUGGCCAAUUGUGAAGUACAAAUAUUAGCAUUAGGUAUAUUCUUGUGCGGAUCCAUUAAAUUAGCCGAGGUGUUUAAAAAAGAAGGCACAGUGUUAAACAUACACAUGCCAGUAGAUUUUAGUUAUUUAUAUGUGGCUAUUCAAUAUUACUAUGGUAGUAUAGAAAUAGUGACAAUUAAAUUACAAGAGUGCGACACAUGCUGGGAUGACGUUUAUGAUUUGGCAUUCAAACACGAUCAGUUGCUGUCGUCAUUAGAUUAUUUAGAUCAAACGAUGAAAAACAUACUGGAAACGUGGGAGCAUGUAUCGUUAAUGGAAAUGGAACUGAAACUGAGCUCUUAUUGUCCAGAAGACCCGGAAAUGGUGUCUGCUGAUCUAUUGGAACUGCUAAUCUAUGGUAUAUUAACGGAACGAAUGGACCAGUUCCUAAAAAGAGAUUUGACUGAUAAAGGCAUCAAAAAAAUCGGCCUGUCAAUCGAGUCAAGUCACACCAAUGUUCAGAAACUAGUGGUGAAACAACUGUCGGAGGUGACCAACCAGAUUCUGUUCCAGCUGGUGGAGAUAUCUGGAAUGUCGCUGAAAAAGUACGAAUGUCUGGGACUGACAGAACACAGCGUGAAGAAAGCUCUACGGUCGGUCAACGGGUUCCUGAUGAAGUGCAACGAGGUGCAAAUUGUCAUCGAAGAGUCGCUGACCCGGUACAAACUGUUCUUCAAGUGGCUAUACGGUAUGAUGAUCAAGCUGAACGAUGAAAACUCUGCCAACGACUCGUCGCUGUCGAACACGUCGCAACAGGAACUAAACAUGCUGGCCGAGUACAUAAACGGGAUGGGAGAGACCGGGGCCAAGGCCAAAGACUACAAACUGGACCGGGUGGGCCAAUACUUCCUGGACGGUGACCUGGAGUGCCCGUACGAUACGCGCAGCCAGUGGUGGUCACUGCUCCAGGAAAACCCGUGCCUGGAAGAGAACGAACUGAUCGUGGCAGCGUCUCGGACCCAUUCACUGACACAACAGUUCGCCGUGCUCAAGGCCGACCUGAUGGACAUAUUCGCGCAGCGCAAGACGUUCUUUGACAAGACGUUCGUCAUGUACGACAACGUUCCUCUGGAGGAGCCGUCGGGGCUGUCGCACGGUCACACUCGCGUGAACAUGGUGGACCUGCCCAAUCACAAGCUGCUGGUGUGCUGUGUUCGGGAACUCCACGCACACGACUUUGGGUUCUACGAGCUGAUGGCGUACAGCGACACACGAGAGGUGACGCAGCGCAGCACCACCGUGUUCUACUCGUGCGAUGGCAUCAAGCAGAACGUGCACGACGUGCAGUUCUAUUCGCCUGACUACGUGUCUGUGCUAACGGAGACGCUCGACCGGGCAUCCAACCGGUUCUCGCUGUUCGUGCAACUGUCUACCAGCUGCGUGCGCAGCCACUGUUCGACGGACGGACUGACAACGUGUCGGAUAGGGCAGCCGAGUGCUGGCAACAGCAGCAGUAGCGAAAGCUGUCACACGCUGAGCGAUUACACGUGCCGAGUGGUGGAAAACAUGGCAGCUUCGAGUUUCGCUGUCAGCGGCACCCGGAAAGUGGCUGUGCUGUUGUCGCAAAGCCGGCACAAGGUCCGGCUGUUUGAGAUGGAAGUGGAUGACGAAGAGGACGAGGAUGACGACAGUGCGAUGGACGUCACACGGGACUCCAACUUGGCGGACGAGACCGCGUGAGGCUCCCCCCUUCCCCCAACCCUUUACUCUCCAAUAAAACUCCCACCUGCCAUGGAGCAUUCCAACCCAUGUUCAAAUAUCGUGUUGUCGUAGUCGUUACUCGUUGUGAUGAUAUGAGGUCGUAUAAUAGUCAUAAAUAUUAUUUUACUAUCGUUAAUGAAUAAUGAUGAUGUGUAUAACGCUACCAGAGUUUAACAAACUCGUUUAUGUUUAAUGUAUUUAUAUUAUUAUGCUGGCGAGAUGUGCUUGCCGGAAUUACGCGAAUAAUAUUAUAUUAUAUUUUGUAUAUUUUUAUAUCCCUAUUAUAUCAUAUUUUGUAUAUUUUUAUAUCCCAAUUAUAUUAAAUUAAAAUUGA